AUGCAGAAGCAGAACUUAAACUGUCAUCAGUAUAUUCUAUGUUUGGGUAAUGAUAAGUCUGUUAUAGUCAACUGUCCUGUGAAUGCUUGGUACGACCCGAAGUCCGGCAAUUGUGGACCAGACGUUUCGUCUACAGCUUGUCUUGAAUAUCAAAUAACCAGCACGACUUCCACUUCUUCACCAAAUCCAGACGAACUCUGUUUGGGUCAAGAGUUGGGAGUCUCCUAUCCAUUGAUGACAGACUGUAAAAAGUAUAUAGUAUGCCUGGGCAAUGGGGAAGCAGCAAUAGUUAACUGCAUUUUUAAUGCUUGGUACGAUCCCUUAACUGGAGAUUGUGGACCGAAUGUCUCACCAACGGCAUGUAUGGGGACUACAACAACGGUAGCACCGACAACUAUGAAGACUACCUCAGCUAUCAGCACAACUACCACUCAAUCGACAACCAGCACAACGGAUCCACCAAUUAGCCCUGAUGUUUGUGGUGGGCUUAUCAAUGGGGAGUAUGUGGCGUACCCCGAUAACUGUAGUAAGUAUAUCGUGUGUGUAGAACCAAUACCCAUUGCAUUUUAUUGCACACCCGGGUAUUACUUCAAUGAGGAACUUCAGGUGUGCGUCGAUUGGGCUCAAAGUGACUGCCCAGCAGUAUUGCCACCGGAAUAUACAACGCCUGGAUAUACAGCACCCUCCAUCUGCGAGAAUAACAAUGACGGUACUCUUCCUUAUCCAGAAAACUGUCGGUGGUUUAUAAAAUGCAUCAAUGAUGUUGUUUCCAUGAUGGGAGUUUGCAAUAACGAAGAGUACUACGAUCCAUCAAUUGGCAAUUGUAGUGCAAGUGCAUCUCCUGAUGCCUGUCUUCAAAAUUACUCGACAAGCACAACAAGUGAUGAUGGAGGUAGAAGUACUACAACAACUACACUUCAGCCUACGACAACUUCAACAACAAUCGCUAAAUCAACGUCAACAACAACAACAACGACUACGACACCUGCACCUUCACCUGAUCCCUGUGAGGAUGUUCCAGUGGGAAAACUAGUGCCUUAUCCCUACGACUGUACAAAGUUCAUUAAGUGCGAAAGACCUACACCUGUGGUCUACGAUUGUGUGAAAGGUCAAGAGUUUAGUGCUAAACUUGAACGCUGUAUGGCCCCUUGGGUUGCAAACUGUACAAUCACAGGGAGAAUUAUGAAACCCUUGUUCUUUAAAGUAUUCAAAAACAUAUAAGAGAAAUUGUAAGGUUCUUAGUCGAUCUUCCGACUCCUUUUAAAGAAUAAAAUAAAUAUUGUUAUAUAACGCA